AUGGCAGAGAGUCGGCCACCGGCAUUGCAGAAGCGGUCUGCUCUCGUUCUCUAUGGCUCUGAAACUGGGAAUGCUCAUGAGGUGGCAGAGGAGCUGGGAGUGUUGGCUGAACGCCUGCAUUUCGUGACUCAGGUCUCCGAGUUGAAUCACGUCAAGCCGGAAAAUCUACGUUCCUACAAUGUGACUAUCUUUGCCCUCUCUACAACAGGCCAGGGAGACCUGCCCGCCAAUGCUCGAUCGUUCUGGCGGUCGUUGCUGCUGAAGAAACUCCCGCCCACAUUCUUAAGCGGGGUUAAUUUCGUCUCAUUUGGUCUGGGCGACAGCUCGUAUCCAAAGUUUAACUGGGCUGCGCGCAAAUUGAACAAAAGAUUGCAGCAGCUGGGAGCAAACGAGGUAUAUCCUUGCGGGGAAGCCGAUCAGCAACAUCCAGAAGGCCUCGAAGGGACCUUUCUUCCAUGGAUGACAGAUCUCCGCAAGCACUUGCUAGAGACAUAUCCACUACCGCCAGGACUAGAUCCGAUACCGGACGACGCCCAGUUGCCCCCUAAAUGGGUUCUGCAACCACAGGCCCAGGACACGUCAGAUCAGACGGAUACCUCUGUACCAGGGACCCAGGAGGCUCACGCGGAAUCAGAUGCGUUCCCAGGUCUCACUCGAUUAGAUCAUGAUCUGAGACCCAUCCCAGAUACCUUGGCGGCCACCCUCACGGGCAACAAGCGCGUGACACCGCCGAAACACUGGCAAGACGUGCGACAUGUCUCACUGACCGUGCCUGACUUCGUCUCCUACAACCCAGGAGACAUGCUCGCCAUUACGCCGAAAAACUUCGCCGACGAUGUAGAGGCAAUGAUCAAGAUGAUGGGCUGGGAGGAACAAGCCGACCUGCCAGUUUCGCUAGUCCCUAGGGAUAGCCAGCAGAUAGUAGACGAGGAACAUCUUCCCCCGAUUCUCGGUCUCGAAAAAUACCCGAAACUGACGUUGCGAGCGCUUCUGAUGGACUACUUGGAUCUCCGAGCCAUUCCUCGUCGCGCGUUUUUCUCAACGAUAGCCCAUUACACCAAGGAUGAAAUGCACAAAGAACGACUGCUAGAAUUCACGAAUCCCGAAUUCUUGGAUGAAUUCUGGGACUACACAACCCGACCACGGCGUAGCAUCAUCGAGGUGCUGUAUGAAUUCGACUCGGUCAAGAUCCCGUGGCAGCAUGCCGUUUCGGUCUUUCCCGUUCUUCGGGCGAGGCAGUUUAGCAUUGCUAGCGGCGGAGAGCUGAAGCGAACCCCGGAAGGAGGGACGAAGUUCGAGCUACUGAUUGCCACAGUGAAGUACAGAACCAUUAUCAAAAGAAUAAGGGAGGGCGUGUGCACCAGAUAUCUCUCCGUGCUCCGCCCCGGGAGUACGUUGAGAGUCCAGCUUCAACGAGGGGGUUUGAAUUCAUCCGUAAGUCAGCUCACCGGCACAACGGUGCUGAUAGGUCCCGGCACUGGAGUCGCGCCCUUACGAUCCAUGCUUUGGGAGAAGGCGGCUCUCGUCAAGGAGUACAAACUUCAGAAUCAGGGCGCUGAGCCACCCAUCGGGCCGUCCAUCCUCCUCUACGGCGGCCGCAAUCGGGCCUCGGAUUACUUCUUCGAGGAUGAGUGGGAACAGCUACGCGACUUGAUCAAAUUGCAAGUAUUCACGGCGUUCUCCCGCGACCAGGGCCAAAAGAUCUAUGUGCAGGAUGUUAUCCGCCAGAACCUCGGCCUGUUCUACCAAUUCCUGCAUGAACUGUCAGGCAGCGUGUACGUUUGCGGUUCAUCGGGUCGGAUGCCACAAGCCGUCCGAGAGUCUCUAACUGAGGCCUUCCAACGUGGAGGAGAGCCCGAAGGAGAGGUCUCCAGCCGAGAGGAGGCAGAAGAGUAUCUGAUCGGUAUGGAGAAAAUAGGGCGGUACAAGCAAGAAACGUGGUGA